AUGUUCUUGUCAGAACCGCUGUCAGUUGCGGAGCUUCGGGAUGGACUGAAGGAGAGGUACCUCUACUACCUGAUGAGGGGCCUCGGAUUCACAUACAGGCUCAAUAAUGGUCUACGAUACAUCUUCGAGCGGCCUGAAAUUCUCAACAGGAGAGCGAAGUAUCUGGCUACCGUGGAGAGAGCGAGGAUGAAUCACCACUGCAUCGUCUACAUCGACGAAACCGGCCAAGGUCUAACUGACGACGACUACCACGACAUGAACCAUGCAAUGUUCGAGCAGUGGCUGCGGGAUGCUAUUCCGUACAUGCUGCAAGUCGCGAGGGGUCGCUCUGUAUCCAUAGUAAUGGAUAAUGCCCCCUACCACUCCCGUCAAUUAGAGAAGAUUCCGGGGCGAUCUUCUUCCAAAGCCGCGAUUGAGGAUUACAUUCGGCGCAAUGGUGUUACGGUUCCGCAGAAUAGCAGCAAAGAAGACCUUGUAGCUGAGUUGAACACCGCUAGUGACUAUUUCGCAGACGCUUAUACCGCAUCUAUGCUUUUCCAGCUGCAGUUUUUCAUUGGGAGCCGCGGCGGUAUAGCUGCACUGGCUCCAGAGUUAAAUAGCUGGAGCCAGCUGAAGGGGAACCUCACCAAGUUCGGGAGACCCGAUGACUCCUUGUAUACGGUGCGGGUUAGGGCACUCGAUUGGAUGGAAAACGUCCCCGGAAGGUUGUGCCAAGGAUGGAUGAGCCACGUGAUGAAGGAUGAGAAUGCAGCACAAGAGAAGAUUGUACUGGAUAGGAACAACAACAUGGUAUGGGAAGAUGAAUUAUCGGACCGCCAUCUCCACUCCCGAUGA